AGUAUGGCUGUUUCUUGAUCUACUCCUGUCACCAGAUCAACAGUGGGGUUAAACAGCUUGGAUGAGACUUUUUUUUUUUUUUGUGGUAGAACUUUAAGGAAUCCUAGCAUUGCUCGCCAUGAAGAAGGAUCUCUCCAUUGUCAAGUGCCUGCAAGAUCGCCAAAGAAGAGACCCGAGCUCCUGCAGACUCUGAAGGGUAACAGCGGUGGGAGAAGCGCUGACCGCGGUAGCCAGGCGCUCCAGAACUCUUUCAGCCCGAGGAAAAGAGGGCUCUCCUUCUCUGAAAGGGACAAUGCCGAGCGGCUCGCCCUGGACGGCUGUGAGAGAAGGCAGCCGGCCGAAGCGGCUUCCCCCAUUGUAAAGCCGCUCAAGCGCUGUCUCCGCUCCGAGGCCCGGAGGAGCUCCGAGGAAAAGUCCUCCCCCAAAGCUGACAAGGAGGGGUCUCCAGAGCGGACUCACUCCCUAGUGGACAAUGGUGCCGAUGCCCAGGGGGCUAAGCAAGCUUGUCGAUGCCUUUUACUGGAUGAUUGUGAGAAAAGGGAAAUUAAAAAGGCAAACUCCAGUGGGGAAGGGUCCCCGGAAGCCGCCAUUGCCCCAGAGGCGGCCGGCUAUGAGGCUUUAAACUUGGUGGACAACAGUGACUCUACUCUUCUCCACUGCGAUGACUGUCUGCUUCAUGAUGCGAGCUGGAGACAGAGCCUUCCCGCCUCCUGGGUGUUGCAGGAACAGCUCAUGGCUGACAAUGGGGAUCCCGGUGCCUGCCUGCCAGAGAGUAGGAAAGAGGAGAGCACUGUAGACCAGAAUGUGCCUUGCACAGAGUCACCAGGCCAGGCCAAGCCAGAGAAGCACAGCCUAGGAGCUGCCGGCCCGUGCGAGGAGCAGGUCGGUGAGCUGGCUCCAGCCGAGCCAACCCCGCUUCCCCUCCCAGAAAGCCAGCCGUCUUUAAGGGACUCUGAGGAAGAGGUCGACAUGGUAGGAGAGUGCUCUUCCAAGGAGCAGCUGGCGCAUGAGAACCCCAACUGUGCUGCGAGGGUCGGUCGUACCAGGGCUCCUGUCUCAGGAGAGCCCGCACCCGCUCCUUCCCCGGACUGUGUUUCCACUGCCCUGAGCUCUCUGUCCCAACCCCAAGGGUACCGCUACACGCUGAGAACGUCCCCUCGGAGGGCUGACCCGAGCAAAGGCAGUCUCACCCAAAAUAACUCUCCUUGUAGAGAAAAUGGACAAAUGGAUGAGGACCAGCUCAGCCCCACAGAAACGACUGUCCUCCUUAGUGUUCAUGCCAACGGCUCUCCCACAGACUCUGAGGAGGCCGUCCUGACUGGCAAGGGGAUGAGCCAGGACCCGGGAUCGCCCCCCUCGGAGGCCAGGAUUCCUCCCGGCUAUGGGGCACCUGCCAAAGAGAGCGCAGCCCUGAGAGUGCCAGAGGACAACGAGGAGGAGCCUGACGUGUAUUACUUUGAGUCAGACCAUGUGGCAUUGAAACACAACAAAGAUUAUCAGAGACUGUUACAGACCAUCGCCAUGCUCGAGGCCCAGCGCACUCAAGCGGUCCAAGACCUUGAAAGUUUAGGCAGACACCAGAGAGAAGCCCUGAAAAAUCCCAUUGGAUUUGUGGGAAAACUCCAGAAGAAGACUGAUAUAGGGCUUCCAUUUCCACAGAGAGUUGUCCAAUUGCCAGAGAUUGCAUGGGACCAAUAUACUAACAGCUUCGGGAACUUCGAGAGGAAGUUUAAGAACCGCAAGCGCCAUAGGAGAAGGGUGAAGUUGGUUUUUGAUAAAGUAGGUUUACCGGCCAGACCAAACAGUCCCUUGGGUCCAAAAAGGGAUGGGGAGACCUUUUCCUAUGCUGUGUUGCCUUUAAGUGACGGUCCAGAAGGUUCAAACAGCCGUCCGCAGAUGAUAAGGGGACGCCUCUGCGACAAGACCAAACCAGAGACGUUUAAUCAGCUCUGGACUGUGGAGGAACAGAAAAAGCUAGAGCAGCUCCUCCUGAAGUACCCUACGGAGCAGGUGGAAUCUCGGCGCUGGCAAAAGAUAGCCAAUGAGCUGGGCAACCGGACGGCCAAGCAGGUGGCCAGCCGUGUGCAGAAGUACUUCAUCAAGCUGACUAAAGCCGGCAUCCCGGUCCCAGGCAGGACGCCCAACCUGUACAUGAACUCCAAAAAGUCUUCGACAAGCCUGCGACAGCACCCCCUUAAUAAGCAUCUCUUCAAGCCUUCCACUUUCAUGACUUCCCACGAACCUCCAGUGUACAUGGAGGAGGGCGACAACGGGGCCAGUUUCCACAGACACACAGACCCUGCAGCAGAGGAAGCCUCUGAGGAAGAAAGCAUCCCUAUCUCCCACCCUGAGUUCCCCGAGUACAAGGAGCUGCUGGAGCUCAAGAAACUCAAGAAGCAGAAGCUCCAGCAGCAGGCUGAGAGCGGCUUUGUAGAGCACUCAGGCUUCAAGUGUGAUAACUGCGGCAUGGAGCCCAUUCAGGGCAUUCGGUGGCACUGCCAGGAUUGCCCCCAAGACGUGUCCCUGGACUUCUGUGACUCUUGUUCCGACUGCCUCCACGAGACCGACCUCCACAAGGAGGACCACCGGCUGGAGCCAGUCUACCGAGCAGGGACUUUCUUAGACAGAGAUUACUGCCUGUCACAGGGUGCCAGCUAUAGCUACCUGGACCCCAACUACUUCCCGGCCAACAGAUGACAUGGGGGACCCCCUGGGCCAUGCGCCCCUUCCAUACCCAGAUACAGACACUCCUGCCAUGACCUCCCCCAAGGGGUCCUCGCAACAGGUGGUCAUCCCGGGUGGGGCCCCCUAGAGGGGAACCCCUAGAACAGGCCUCUAGAAGAAAGGAGCCGGAGCUCUGGGGGGCCUCCCACCUCGGCCUCAAUGAAGCACUGCCCGAGGCCCCGCAGAGGAGGCAAUGUUGUCUCCUCCUGAACCUGCUCUGGGUGUGUGUGAUCCAAUCGUCCCUAAGAUCUAUUUUUGAUGUCCUGUUCUCUGAGCUGAUCAUGUGAUGUGUACAAACCAUGGUGAAAAGUGCCAGUGCUAGUGCUGGUGUCUGUGUCGACUCCUCCCAACCCGGCCUAGCUGCCCCUUUUGUAGUCGCCCCAGAGCCAUGACAGAGUGUAUUCAUAUUACUAUUUAAACAGGUGAUUAAACUUGUCUGGCCGAAGUGCCCCAGGGUCAGGGGCUUCCUUUUCUAUUGCUGGACUGGGUCGUUCC